AUGAAUGACAGCGAUGCCCGAUUCACUUUCAUCCAAGGUUUACACCCCGAUGCCCGCCUACAAGUCUUGUACAAGGAGCCAACCACCUUGGCCGAUGCCUACCGAAUCGCCGAACACCUCGAAACAGUCCACGCCAUUGCAAAUGGUUACCGCCCCAACGAACCCGUGGUGAACCCCAACUGGCUAUCCCAACCCAAUCAAUCUCACUGGGAGAACAGCAAUGUGACACCUAUGGACCUUGAUGCCAUCACACGCACUUGGAAGAAGAGUUCUCGCCCACAACAAAGGUCACCACCUCAAGUACGAACGAAAGGUGCGUGCCAUUGGUGUGGUCGCUCAGGACACUACCGACGUUAUUGCCGCGAUCGAUUGGAAGCCAUUCGAAAAAUGGAUGAAGAACACGAAAAGACGAAGAAGCAGGAUUUUUAUCCAACACAACUGUGA